AUGAGAGUAUUUGAUUCUAGAGUUGAACCUUAUAAACCAACUCCAAUACGUCAGUUGUUUGCAAGAAAUCAUAAACAACUUGUGCCAAUAUCUCUGACUAAUGUAGAACAAUUAGCAGAAGAAGAGAAUUUAUCAGAUUUUGAUUUAGAUGCUAAUGAUCCACAAGACCAAGACACACGUACUGUAGUAUCCUGUACAGAUAAACAUCAGCUUAAAAAUCAGAAAUUAGAAAAUGACGACGAUGACGAGGAUGAUGAUGUAGAUAUAGAAAAAGAAAAUGAAUCGGAGCUGUUUACGAAAAAAACUAAAAUUGCAUCAGUUGAUGUAAAAUCAAAAGCAAGAAGUGACAGGAAAAGAAAACUAGAAGACAUUGAAAUACUUGAAAAUACUGAAAAUGCUCCACAUUUUGUUGUCACGCUGGAUGGCGUAGAUCCAAGCAAAUUUCUAAGGAAAAAACAAAGACGGAAUGUUGUAACAAAUAAGGUGCCUUUGUCACCUGAUGUUAGUAAAUUUGAAUUAGAUGAAUUAGAAGAACUAAGUACAAAAGAGAUCUGUCAAACAGAUGAAGCAGAAGAAAUUAUUGAAGAAGAGAUGAUGGAUGAAAGCAUGGAUGAGAAAAUUCAGGAAAGAUGUCGUUACUGGCCUGCAUGUAAACGAGGAGAUAAUUGUGAAUAUCAUCAUCCUACAAUACCAUGCAAGUAA